AGCCCGGAAGAUUGUUAGGAGAAGACAGGGUAACCAAAACCAAAGAGGCAGGAAUAAUAGCAGAUGUGGAGAUUGUUGGUGUUGUGGCCAACGAAGAAGAAUGUUCUUUGGAGGUGCUUUAG